AUGGCUUCCGGCUUAUCGCCCGACUGGGUGUGGUCGAAUACCUCAAAUGCCACUGCUUGCAACGACAGGGAAUGGUUCGACGAAUACGAGCCGUUCGAAUCACACACGGGCACCCACUUCGGCCCUGGCCCCCGGGUACUGGGCGUCGGCACCGUGAACCUACCCGUCAUCACAUCACCUGACGCGACGGGACCCAAGAGGCACGGCAUCCUGAAGCUCACCAACGUGAUCCACGUCCCGGAUGCCGUGUGCAACAUCAUCAGCAGCCACGACUUCAUCGAGAGCAUGCCGGAUGGCUGCGGCUUUACUUUGGGGAUGGGGGCGCCCGGCACCCAAGGCUCGGUUCUGGGCCCGGACGGGGAGUCGAUCGCCUACUUCAAGGGCGACCAUCGAUUAUUCGCGCUCGCGCUGAGUGAACCGCCUGUCGGACCCGUCACCGGACCGUCGCGUUUCAGAGACGACACACACUACGCCGUCAAUGUCGAGUGGCCCGACUCGGAGUUUGCUCGCUUUCAGGCGCAUAUGGCACAGCGCAGGCAGGAUCCGACGAAACAGAGAUAUUCUGCGGAGGAGAAGCAGUGGCUCAAGACUCACUUCGGCGGGGAGUACCAUUUUCUUCGUGUUUAUGGGCUCAGCAUCUACAAGGAGGAGGAUCGAGAUGAAGGCGCCGCCAUUGUGAGAGGGAUGAUGGCGAACGAGUAA